AGUAAUAAACUGCCCCCCCCUCCCUUUAGGCCAGUGAGAUGCUGCUGUUCAACAAGAAGCUGACGGCGGUCCAGGCCUGUGAACUCGGUCUGGUCACCGAGGUUUUCCCUGACAGCAGCUUCCAGUCGGAGGUUUGGACCAGACUGAAGGCCUACGCCAAGCUGCCCCCCAACUCUCUGGCGCUCUCUAAACAGCUGAUGCGCUCGGUGGACAGGGAGCGUCUCCACGCGGUGAACGACGCCGAGGUGGAGCGUCUGAUGGAGCGCUGGACGUCGGACGAGUGUUUCAACGCCGUCAUGAGCUUCUUCCAGGCCAAGGCCAAACUCUGAGCGAGGUGUGAGUGUGAACAGAGGGGAUCGGUAAUCGGGGCGAAAUGUAAACGGCGGUGGGAGCAGCUCCGUCCUGCAGGCGGCGUGCCUCCACACGCUGACCCGUUAGUUCCCUCCUGAAUGAGACUGAUUCUCUGGAGAGAAGUAGAUUAACUGCUGUCUGGUUUACUGCGUGUGAAACUGUCCUGAAUGUUACUCGUAGAUGAAGAGCAGCCAGCCAAUCACAGAGCAGCGCUAACGUUAA